AUGGACAAAACGGAUCUCGUCAAGGGUCAAACGGUCCUGCUCGAGCUGGACGGCGAGUGUGUCAUCGGCAAGGUGCUGCACCUUGGCAGCGAUCGGUCCUUUGUCCGACUGCAGAACGUGCGCGACUUCCAGAGCAAUCAACCGAUUCUCGGCAACCAAGAUUACUACAACUCCGAAAUCCGAACCAUCAAAAUCAUCGAGCAAGGCGAACCCCCGGCGACGAACGACGACCAGCAACAACCGCAAAACGGCGGCUCCGCAUCAUCUUCCGCCGUGUCGUCCUCAGAAGCCGUGGCCAAGAUAAACCUCGAAGACAUUCAAACCAUCUUCGACCGCAUCGACAGCCACACGUUCAUCCACCAGACGGACAUGAAGUACCACGACGCGAUCAAGUAUUUAAAAACGCAAAAACUGCUUGCCCUGGCCGUGGAAGGUGCCGAAGGCGGACGCUGCGCAGAGAACCCAUCCCUCCUCUCAAUCGCCACACCCGACCGGAUCUUCAUCUUUGACAUCAUGUGGAUGAGCGUCACGAAAGAUUUGAAAGCGAUUCUGGCGAAUCCGCGGGUUCGCCGCGUCAUCCACAAUGGGCGACUGGCGGAGGAUGUGCUCAAACAUAGGUUUGGGGCGCCCCUCGGCAGGUGCUUCGAUACGCUGGUCGCACACAUUGCGACCACGAAAAACUACGACUAUCAGAGCGAGAUAUCCGUCGAGAAGUGCUUGGCCAAGUACCUCAAUCUGCCGGGGAACUUUUUCGAUCCAAACAUCACCUUCGCGGACCGCCCGCUGACCGAGCCGCAGCGCAAGGCGGCGGCCAAGAACGUGGCCUUCCUGCUCACCCUGCAGGACUACUUCGUGCACGAGGUGAUGCUGGAGCCGUUCUACGCGAGCUGCAACCGGUACGGGACGAGCCUUUCGUCGAACGCGGACGCCAUCCACACCGUCAUCAAGCUGAACAAGGGCCGAAACGACGACCUGCACGACAUCGAGCGGUUCGAGCUGAACGUUGGCGGGGAGGAGCUGGGUGAAUAGUUUGUUAAGCGUAAGUGAUUUUGCUUUUCUUUUGUAGUUGGAAGAUUAAAUUGUAGUCAUGAUUUGA